ACCGUCUCUUAACAGACAGCAGGGGCCAUGUUGUAACUUAUGUAGACGAAAGUUUUCGAGGAAGCAUACCGUCCAGACCUGGGUCCUUACUUCUCUAAGUAGAAGCAGAAACAUCACGACUCGAUUGACUGAAUUAGAAGAAGAUGAACUCCAGCAGCUUCCUGGUCGCAGUGCGGAGAGGAUGCAGGCUCACCUUCAGACGUCCUCACCUUCUGUUACCUGCUUCUUCUUCCUCGAUGGUUCAACUCUGUCUGCAGUCUACACAGCCCGUCCCUGCAGCCAGGCUGCCCUGCAGAGUGAAGGUGACUGCUGGGAAACGCUACGCCUGGUGUGCCUGUGGACACAGUCAGAAACAGCCUUACUGUGACGGAGCUCACAGGACAAAAGCUCCGAGCAUCUCGCCUUUACGCUUCACCCCUGAAAAGGACCAAACGGUGAUGCUGUGUGCCUGCAAACAAACCAAAAACGCUCCGUACUGUGACGGCUCACACUUUAAGGUCAUCUUCCAGGACGUGGUGAAGUCGGUGAAAGGAGUUUUUAAAUGAACAGUGUUGAAGACGCUACACCUGGAGACCUCGGAGCAGAAACUGUCAAUGACAUGAAACGGAGAAGAUUUAUGUAACGCUACCUUGAUCGUGUUCAAGCUGACCUACAGCAGCUUCAACGUCUGAUUUAAUUGUAUCUCUGAUUUGUUAAUAAGCCUGCACGCGUAAUUGACUUGAACUCUUCAUUUCAGGUUAUCAGGGAUCUGCAAAUUUGUAUGAAUGGUUAAAAUUUAGUAGAAAAACAAAAUAUGCUUCAUGCCUUUUUAAGAAUCAUGUAUUUGUGUUAUUAUCUUUGUCCUAUUCUAACUGAUAUAUUGACUGUAUAAAUAAAAGUGUACAUGUUUUUUCAUGUAUGAAUGUUUAAUGUAUUAAAAACAGUUGUGUUGUCUGACACAUAAAUAGCCAUAUUUUUAACUGUGCCAACUGACAUGUCAUGUAUUUGUAUUGGUCGAUCUUAAAAUAAAAUCAACUGUGUUUCGAUGUA